AUGACUGAGGAUCUUCGUCGUACUGGGUUUGUAAUUUUUGCAGCUCGUGAAGCUUCAUUAGUUAUGAGACUUCAUCAGAACAACUGCACUGUUGAUUUUAAGAUUAUAAAAGAAAGAUGGGAAAACAUGAGUGGGCGUAAGAAAAAUUUAUAUAACAAAGAAGCAGAGAAAGAUCCAAAAAUUCAACGUGUUUGUACAUGGUCUAGAAAACCAAGAAUGGCAUUCCAAUUUUAUCAACAAGAAGUCGCUUGUUUAGAACCGAUUGAACAAAUACAAUCCUGGAAGAGAAUUCCACCUAACAAAAAACAAAUAUAUUGUACUAAAGCAAUAGAAGAACUUGAUCAUCUUACAAAAAGACCACAUCCUCUUCCAGAAAUCAAAGAUGGUGUUGCAAAACUAUGGAGUGCUAUUGAUUUUUAUAAAGAUCAAGCUCUUAUAGAAGCUAUUAAACAAAAUUCCGACUUUCCUCCUGAAAUUUUUGAAAUGAAAACUUUAGAAUACUGGGAAUUACUUUCUAAAGAACAACAAGAACCAUACCUACUUCUUGAAUUCCGUGAAAUAGAAGCAGUUGCCGCUAGAAUCGAAAAAGAAGGUUUCAAUCCAAUAAGACCAGAUUUAAGUAUUCAAUUUAUCCUUGCAAAUAUCCGCUCUAGAGCUGAAUUACUAGAUAACUACGUAUCAAAGUACUGGUCUCUCGUUGAUGGAUUGUGCUCUUAUAUGGAAGAUUCUUCUGAAGAUAAAAUUGCUGAGGAAGCAAUUAAUAAACUCGAGAAAUGCCGUAUGCAAAUGGAAGUUCUGAAUAUAGAUAAUAACUCUAAGCUUAGUUUAUCUCAAGGUUUCAAAGAUAUGUUCAAAGAACUCAUGUGGAGAGUUAAACCGGAGUACUCUAAUGAUACAAUUAAUAGAGUUGCUGCUGAGUAUUGGAAUUGGAUGGAUAAAUACGAAAUAGAAACAAUUGCUUCUAAAUUAGUUUUAAAUAUGUAA